ACACAAAAACGGUUAUUUUGAAAACUGAGAAAAAUAUCAAAACUUCAGAAAUCAAAACAACACUAUGAAGUAGAAAUUAAUAUCAUACAUCAACACAUUACAAUGGCCUAUCAAUCAUCAUUUGAAGAGUACGACGCGUUACAACUACGUAUGAAUGAGUUCGUCAAUAUAGUGGAAUCAAAAUUAACAGAAAAGAGAGGUAAUCUACUAAAUGAUAAACAGAAUCAUUAUAUCAAAUUAAAUGAUUUAAAAUCACAAGAAAUCAAAUUACAACUGGAUAUUAAUAAUCUCAUUACAAAACAGGAUAAGACUAAGAAUCAGUUGAAUGAAUCGAUAGAUAAUUUACAAUCACAACGGGUGAAAAUCGAUGAAUUAAUCAAACAACAAGAACUUCUACUUAAUACUAAACAACAACUCACUAAUGACAUAAAUCAUAUAAAUCAUAAUCUAACCCAAAUCAAUAAUGAAUUAAAUAAAUCACAACGAACCCUUUCUGAUCAAUUAAAUCAAAACUUACAAGAAUUAUUGAAAUAUGAGAUUUAUCUCGGUAUAAAGAUUCAAGUGUUAAAUAUUGAUUUAAUCAAUUUCAUCUUCACAAAUAUCGAUCCUAAUAAUUAUAAUCGAGAAUUCUCUAUUGAAUUGAUUAUAAAUGAUGAUAAUUAUAAGAUUGGUAAUGUUAAACCGGUUUUAUCCCUUGAUAAAGUGAAAUUAUUAGAAUCAGAAUUCAAUGAUCAUAAAGAAUUAGUCAAAUUUUUAAAGACAACUCGGAAUUUAUUCAAAGAUUUAGUAUGAAUGAUGGUUCUUUAUACUUGUAGAUUAGUUAAAUAUGUAUUAAUAUAAACCAAAGGUAGAUUUAAAUCAGGUAUUAAUUAUAAAAUUGUAGUCACGAGGUAGAAACACAUACCCGGAAUUCAUUUACGAUUCCAGAAUCGAAUUUUUUAACUAUGAGAUGCACGUGAUAUAUUUGAACAGUUUCG